CGACUUACCCAGCACCGAAAGCCUGAAGAUUUGCCAGCAGGGAGACGCAGAAACUAUACAUUAUAUAUACCAAAUAUAUAUAGUUUCCCAUCGAAUUGCAGUCAACAGACGGUCCAGCGGCAUCUUCUCCAGCUCUACCGAACACGUCCAACCAUGCAGUCUGGGACUGCUGCUAGGCCAUGGCUGGCGAUGGUCCUGCUGGUGGCACUCGUCCUGGUGGCCGACUGCUUCUACGUGCCCGGCGUGGCACCGGUGGAGUUCGUCCAGGACCAGAAGAUCGACGUGAAGGCCGUGAAGAUGACCAGUAGCCGCACCCAGCUCCCCUAUCAGUACUACUCGCUAAAGUUCUGCUAUCCCAAGAACGGCACACUGAUCUUCAAGUCGGAGAAUCUGGGCGAGGUGCUACGCGGCGACCGGAUCGUGAACACGCCCUACGAGGUCCGGAUGAAUCAGCAGGUCAACUGCCGCCUUCUUUGCAACCAGAAGGACAGGCCGCUCACCUGGAGCAAGGAGGACUCCGCUCUGGUGGCCGAGCGCAUCCAGCACGAGUACUUUGUGCACCUGCUGGUGGACAACCUGCCGGUGGCCACGCGCAUCGUCAGCGUCAACAAUCCCGCCGAGGUGACCUACGAGCAUGGCUAUCGGCUGGGCCAGGUGGAUGGGGAGAACAUCUACAUCAACAAUCACCUGAAGUUCAUCCUCUCCUAUCACAUGCACUCCAAGGACAAGUACCGUGUGGUCGGCUUCGAGGUGGAAACUGUUUCGGUCAGCCACAAGGAGCUCAAGUUCCAUGGCGACACCUGUAAUUUCCCGGACAGCGCUCGGCCGCAGCUAGUCAAUCCCAGCGGGGAGACGCAGCUGUACUUCACCUACUCCGUGGAGUGGAAGGAGUCCAAGGUGAGCUGGGCCUCGCGUUGGGACAUCUACCUGGGCAUGCGAGACGUACAGAUCCAUUGGUUCAGCAUCAUCAACUCGCUGGUGGUGGUCUUCUUCCUCUCCGGAAUUCUCACCAUGAUCAUGAUUCGCACCCUGCGUCGGGACAUUGCUCGCUAUAAUACGGAUGACAAUAUUGAGGAUACGCUGGAGGAGACCGGCUGGAAGCUGGUGCAUGGCGAUGUGUUCCGUCCGCCCAAGAAUACGAGACUUUUUUCGGCCAUAAUUGGCAGCGGCAUUCAGAUCUUCUUCAUGGCCUUGAUCACCAUCUUCUUUGCCAUGCUGGGCAUGCUGUCGCCUUCGUCACGAGGAGCUUUGAUGACCUCGGGCAUCUUUAUGUACGUCUUUAUGGGCACCAUCGCAGGAUACUAUGCUGCGCGUCUCUACAAGACUAUGAAGGGUCGCGAAUGGAAGCGGGCGGCCUUCCUCACCGCAACUCUCUAUCCAGGCAUUGUCUUUGGCACUGGAUUCUUUUUGAAUUUCUUCAUCUGGGACAAGUCGUCUAGCGGUGCUGUGCCCUUCACCACCAUGAUCUCGUUGCUUUUGCUUUGGUUUGGCAUCUCGGUGCCGCUGGUUUACCUGGGUUUCUAUUUGGGUUACCGCAAACAGCCGUACCAGCACCCGGUUCGCACCAACAUGAUUCCGCGGCAAGUGCCCACACAGCAUUGGUAUAUGAAUGCGAUUUUGAGCACUCUGAUGGCUGGUAUACUGCCCUUUGGCGCCGUCUUCAUUGAACUCUUCUUUGUGUUCACGGCCAUCUGGCAGAAUCAGUUCUACUACCUCUUUGGCUUUCUGUUCUUGGUGUUUUGCAUCUUAGUGGUUAGCUGUGCCCAGAUCUCCAUAGUUAUGACAUAUUUCCAGCUUUGUGGCGAGGACUACCGCUGGUGGUGGCGCAGUUUUGUUGUUUCUGGCGGCUCGGCCGUCUAUGUGCUUUUCUAUAGCAUUUUUUACUUUUUCACUAAGCUAGAGAUCACAGAGUUUAUACCGACGCUGCUGUACUUGGGCUACACGGGCCUCAUGGUGCUCACUUUCUGGCUGCUGACUGGCUCGAUUGGCUUCUUCGCCGCCUACGUUUUCAUUCUGAGAAUCUACGGAGCUGUGAAGAUCGACUAAGGAAGCCGUGUCAUCCAAUCGCCACGCUGUACACCAAACUAUCCUUGCAAUAUCAUUCGAUCAUAAAUAUAUUUAUAGAGCAACUGUACCAAGUCUCGUUCAGCUGCGAAAAUGAAAAUGAAAACAAACACAAACGGAAACUAAAACAAAAACUCGACGACUCAGCCAUGUGAGCUAACUUUCCCUUCUUGUCCCAGCUUCAAAAAGCACCCAUUGAUCAACCACUUACUAAGUCGAAACACGAUAUUCAGCAUAUAUCUCUUGACCCCUGGAAGUGGCUCGAUUUGCGAGAGCGUUGCGUUUUAGAAUCAAUCUAGAAAUGCCUAAUUUAUAUAUGUAUGUAAAGAAUCUAAUCUAAGCAACUGAUAUAAAACAAACAAAAAUCAAAUAAACUAAGCUUAAUGUACGAGA